UUAAGUGCACCAUGGAAUAAGUCUUGUAUCUCUAAAGAAAGAUGAUAUGGGCUUGUUUAUAUGAUAUGGGCUUGUUUUGCAAGAGGUUUGCAAGAGGUUUGCUACCUCUUGCAAAACAAGGCAGUUGGCAGUUACGCUUGGCAGUUACGCUUGCCGAGAAACACCUAGCACCGCAGCAGGAAGAGGCUGAGGGCUGCGUUCAGGUGGACUUGAUGUACAAGGAUAAAACCAUGAGGAGCACUCUGCUCUGUGAUUUGUAUACACUGUCUUGACAGCCGAGCCAGUAGAUUGUCAACUUCCUACCUCGGUCACACACACACAACGCAGGAUACGGUUGCAGGGACGGAGGGAGGCACGGAGAGCUAAAUAAAUCGCAUCGUUUUUACAGUAUGUUGGGCAACAGAAAGAAAGCAAUCCCCCAGGUGAAGAACGGAGCCGGGACGUCCGAAUUAAAGGCCAUUGAUCCUCUGCGGAAUCUGGGAGUGCAAAAUGAUGAAGAUGUGAGGCAGAUGCUGCAGGGCUCUAGUAUGGUGAAGGUUCGCUCACCUCGCUGGCAGAAGCGACGGAUUCUGAAGUUGCUGGAAGAUGGUGUCACCGUUUGGUGUCAAUCAUACAAAACAUCCAGCCGGGCCAAGGAGCAACAAUCCUUCUCCAUCAUGGAAGUGGAGUGUGUGCACGAAGGUUGCCAGUCAGAGACAUUGCGGCAGAUGGCUGGCUCAGUACCUGAAAACCAGUGUUUAACAGUGGUCUUCAAAGGGCCUCGUAAAAGCCUGGAUCUCCUCUGCCAAAGCCAAGACGAAGCUCAGUGCUGGGCCCGUGGCAUCCGUACCCUGCAGGAGAGGAUGGACAACAUGACCCAGAAGGAGAAACUUGACCACUGGAUUCAUGCUUAUAUGAGUAGGGCUGACCGAAACCGUGACGACAAGAUGAGCUACGAAGAGGUUCAGAUGCUGCUGCAGAUGAUCAAUAUUGACUUGAACGACCAGUAUGCUCGCAGCCUCUUCCAGAAAUGUGACCAGUCAGGUGACCGUCGUCUCGAUCAUGAAGAGAUUGAAGUUUUCUGCAGGGAGUUGUUACGGAGGCCAGAACUGGACAUCAUAUUCAUUCGCUACUCUGCAAAUGGCUGUGUGCUUUCAGCUGUGGACCUGAGGGAUUUCCUAAAGGACCAGGGGGAGGAUGCCUCACUUGUUCAUGCCCAAAGCCUCAUACUCACCUAUGAACUUAAUGAGUGGGCCCAGAAGAACAGCUUUAUGACUCCCAAUGGUUUCACCAUGUACAUGUUGUCGAAGGAAAACUGUGUGUUUAACCCAGAACACGCUAGAGUUUACCAAGACAUGGCACACCCACUGUCGCACUACUUCAUCUCCUCGUCCCACAACACCUACCUCACUAAGGACCAGCUCACUGGGAACAGCAGCACAGAGCCUUACAUACGAGCUCUAAAACAUGGUUGUCGGUGUGUGGAGCUGGACUGUUGGGAUGGAGACAAAGGAGAACCAGUUAUCUAUCAUGGACACACACUUACUUCCAAAGUGCCCUUUGUUGAAGUAAUUGAGACUAUCAAUGAGUAUGCUUUUAAAUCCUCUCCCUACCCUCUAAUCCUGUCUUUGGAGAACCACUGCUCUCUGGAGCAGCAGAAAGUUAUGGCUAGAUAUCUGCACUCUAUUCUGGGAGACAAACUUCUAACAAAGCCUCUUGAAGGCCUGGAUUCCCACAAUUUGCCUUCUCCAGAGGCUCUUAAAGGUAAAGUCCUAGUGAAGGGGAAGAAGGAGAGGUUGGAGGAAUGCUCAUCCAGCUCUUCAGACCUCAGUUCCUCAGAUGAGGAGACCAGCCGCAUAGAAGGGAAACCCAGAAGGAAGGAGGAUAAAAAGGCAGGCGUCUCCAAGAUAACUCCGGAGCUAUCAGACCUGGUUGUGUACACUUGCAGCGUUCCCUUUAAAAGCUUCGAACAAGCUGCCAAAAGUCCAGCAACCAACAUGUCAUCUUUCUCCGAAAGUGAUGCACUCAGACAUAUUAAGGACUCGGGGGUGUAUUUUGUUCGUCACAACAGUCACCACUUGAGCAGGAUUUACCCCUCAGGCCAGCGCCUCCAUUCCUCCAACUAUAACCCUCAGGAGAUGUGGAAUGCAGGCUGUCAAAUUGUUGCUCUGAACUUCCAGACACCUGGUGAGCAGAUGGAUUUGAACCAAGGCAGGUUUCUGCAAAAUGGUGAGUGUGGGUACAUUCUGAAACCUGCCUUCUUGUGUCAGCCUGACAGUACUUUCAAUCCUGAGAAUGUGGGAGGAGGUCCUGGCCACAGACCUGUCAUGCUCACUGUUCGGGUCAUUUCAGCUCAGCAGCUGCCUAAACCAGAAUGGGAUAAGCCCAGCUCCAUUGUGGACCCCCAAGUGUGGGUGGAGAUCCAUGGCGCUCCUAUUGACAACAAUAAGAAGAAAACGCAUUAUGUUGAAAACAAUGGCUUUAAUCCACGGUGGGACUGCACCUUUAACUUUACCGUCCAUGUCCCUGACUUGGCUCUGAUCCGCUUUUUGGUGGAGGAUCAUGACUAUACUUCAAGAAAUGACUUCCUGGGACAAUUCACUCUCCCUCUCACCAGUGUCCGCACAGGUUAUCGUCAUGUCCGACUGCUCAAGAUGGAUGGAUCAAGCCUUUCACCUGCGUCACUCUUUAUACAUGUUAAGGUCACUCCCUGUCAGAAUUCCAAAUCUUCAGCAAAAUCACCAACCCACUUUCCAACCAAGAAUCCCUAAUCCCACUUCUGCCCUUCAGCCACAUGAUCAUUCCAUGGUAGUUAAUCAGAGAAAACUCAGUAGUUACAGCUUUCUCUCACAGAUGUUGCACCAGUAUCAUCAACUGAUUCAUUUUUUUAAGCAAUAGUAUUGUUUCAAAACUGUAUUUGAGAUUUGUUAAGAAGACAACAUUGUUAUGCAAUGCUAAAAGCCAAUUAGGUAAUACUAUGCAUACCAGUGACUUAUGAUACACUUAAGAUUUCAGAGCAGUCGAUUUAAGCAUCUGUUUUACCUGAAUAAUUGUAGUAAUGUCUUAUUUGUAGAAAGUUUCCCAAGUACUUUAAACUCUUAGAAGUAGGGUCGGGGUCAGAGCUGAGAACUAAGUACAAGUACUUUGUAUUAUAUACAUGCUAUUGUAGUUAAGUAGAAUUUUUAGCUCUGUUUUAGAUCUGUUUAUCUGUACGUUACUUGAGUAUUUAUUUUUCUGAGAACUUUUACUUUUGCUCCCUACAUCUUAACCGAAAUAUAUCUGUAUAUCUUUAUACAUAUUUUCUACUCCUUACAUUUUCAAAUGUUUGUUACUUUAAAUUUAAGACACUUGAGAGGAGUUAUUUCUUGACAUUUCACACUUUUAAACAUCAAAGUAACAGAUAACUGUUAGUGUAUCCAUCACAGGUUCUUAUAGCAUGUGAUGAAUUAAACAAAGGGAAAUCUAGCUAGUGCUACAGAAGAGGAUCAAGCAUAAAACAAGUAACAUCAGUGGCAGGCAAUUGGAAGUACAAAGUUUCAAACAGCUCAAUACAUACAUAUUGCCAAAAGUAUUCACUCACCCAUCUAAAUCAUUGAAUCCAGGUGUUCCAAUCACUUCCAUGGCCACAGGUGUAUAAAAUCAAGUGCCUAGGAAUGCAGUGAAAGAAUGGGUUACUCUCAGGAGUUCAGUUAAUUCCAGGAUGCCCUGUUAGGAUGCCCCCUGUGCAACAAGUCCAGUCAUGAAAUUUCCUUGCUACUAAAUAUUCCACAAUCAACUGUUAGUGGUAUUAUAACAAAGUAAAAGCGUCUGGGAAUGAGAACAACUCAGCCACAAAGUGGUAGGCCACAUAAAACCACAGAGCAGGGUCAGUGGAUGCUGAGGUGCAUACUGCACAGAGGUCACCAGGUUUCUGAGUCAAUUGCUCCAGAACCUCUAAACUUCAUCUGGCAUUCAGAUUAGCUUGAGAACAGUGUAUAGAGAGCAUAAUGGACUGUGUUUCCAUGGCUGAGCAGCUGCAACCAAGGAUUAUAUCAUCAAGUGCAAUGCACUUGGUGUAAAGCAUGAGACCACUAGACUCUAGAGCAGUGGAGAAGUUUUCUCUGGAGUGACAAAUCACAGUCCUUUGUCUGGCAAUCCAAUGGAUGAGUCUAGGUUUUGUGGUUGCCAGGAGAAUGGUACUUGUCUGACUGUACUGUGCCAAGUGUAAAGUUUGGACAGUUGGUAUUGUACGCAGUGUUGGGGAGUAACGGAAUACAUGUACUGGCGUUACGUAUUUAAAGUAACUGUAUUCCUUUACACUUACCAUUUAAAAAGGUGAUAUUCAGAAUACAGUUACUUUGUUGAAAUCUGGUUGUACGACACCAACUGACAGACAGUUGGUGUCGUACAACCAAGUUUUGAGAUCCCUUCCCAGACGCCUUAACACCCACUCACAUCCUGGGGGCUCCCAUAUUCCCGUACUCCCAUAGGGCUAAAAAUCUGGGACUCUCCACCAAUUGCUCUUAGAACUGUAGAGGCUUCUCGGAUGAGAGGUUAAACAUCUUCAAGGAAACUUAACAAAGUCCAAAUGCUUUUGUUUCCAAGCUCCUUAGACUACGAUGGCCUGGAUGACUGAGAACCUUCACAGACACAUUCACUGAAUUCCAAAUUUGUAUUUUUAUACUGCCAAUGGCCUGGAAAUCAGUCAUAAUAGUUUAUGCAACAUCAGCUUAAAUCUUGUUGAAUUCAGUUGGCUAAAUCCAAUAAGAGCAGUAGUACAGUUUAGGCUAACCACAGCCUAAACACAAAAUCUGCUCAAAUAUCAGGGUUCCCGCACCUGCUGAAUCCCACUUUAACACAUGAAUAUAUUGACCUUCAUGUUUAAAUAUGGAGACAAGGCAAAGCAGAUGUUCAACAUCCAUUAGAAUUAGAAUUAAACUUGAAAUAAAAUUUAUUUCCCCUCGGAUUAAUACUGUUUUGUUAUGUAUUAGUAUGUGUUACGUUCCCCUAAAAGGGUCAAGGCAAUGAGGGAAAGUAAAAAAAAGUGUCCGGGUCGGAAAAAGGAGACAAGGAGGCAAAAGGGUUAAAUUAAAGAGUUUUAUUAAAGUAGCUCAACCAAAAGAGACGGACAAGCCGCUAUCACCAUUUAAAGAAACAAAACAAAAGCCCAAGCGUUGGUCGAUGAACUGAAAAGUAAGUCAAAAAAGAGCAGCUCACUAGCUGCAAACGCCAAACACACAGCUCACUAGCUGCAACCACUCACAUGGCACUCUGGCCCAGAGCUCACCUUUCUCUGGGCUUAAAUACCUUUAAUUGCUGAUGUGAGUCAGCCGUACAAAAGAAAAAGUUGGCACCUAAGGCAGGAGAGCUGGUAGGACACACCCACACAGGCAACUUCAGGAGGAGGCCCUGCUAGGGCCGUAACAGUAUGACAUGAGGUUCAGGCUCUGUAAACUUGAAUUACAUAAAGAAAAAUUAUUUCAUAACCAAGAAGUGAAAGAAAAAUACUUCUAUUAGUAAAGAUAUUGUAUGAGAGUAUUGUAAUCGAUAUUAAUGUAUCUAUGAUACAUUAACAAUGCAAAUAUUGGUUUUGCAGUGUUGUUUUAUCAUUUUUUAACCAGUGCAAAAUAAGUGUGAGUCAGGUGGAUAUUAUUAUCCAUUAUACCAUUAUUAUGGUAAUAUUGUUAGUAAUACCUGAGUCAUACCAGACCAAUGUGGUAGAGUAUAAAAGGGUACAGGUUUUGAUUCACCUCUGACCUUACUUUUCCAUCCUCAUCUAGGAUCAUGAGGUCUGGGUAAUGAGAUUUCAGAGACAAUCAGCCACAGGAGGUUUCUCCAUAGAAAGAGUAGAGCCACACAUCUUCUGUAGUUGCAGGGAUUGCCCAAGUCUGGGCAGGAAAAGUUGUGUAUUUUUCCAGCUUGGGAAGACUUUGGGAUCUGCUAGGAAGAGGUGGACAAUGCUGCUAGACUAAAUGUAUCCCUCACAUAUCCUGUUGCCACACUGACCAAACAUUUUCCUCUGCUGUAGAUAAACAGGAUAUACAGUGCUGUGGAAAAUUAUUUGCCCCCUUCAUGGCUUCUUUUUUGUUGUAUAUUUCUCACACUUAUAUUUCAGAUCAACAAACACAUUUUAGUAUCAGAAAAAAGAUAACCUGAAUAAAUACAAAAUACUGUUUUUAAGUUAUUAUUUUAUUUAUUACGGGAAAAAACCCAUCCAAACCUGGUCCUGUGUGGAAACUUAACUGCAGUUUCUCCUGCGCUGGCUUGCAGGGUUAUUAUAUAUAGGGGAAGUUUUUUAAUUUUUUUCCUCCUUCAACCAUGUUAUGAGCAUUGAAGUUGCAGACUUUGUCCACAAGAGGACACUCUGCAGCUGUCCUUUUGGUAACACAUGGAACAGCUGAUCUGAGCGGGGUGAAGUGUAAAACAAAUAAAUAAAUAACUACAAAUAAAUGUUAGGGUAAUCUGUUCAUGUUUUAUACAUCUGAAAGAAAAGAGUACAGGAAGGUAGUACAGAACCUAUAUAGCAUCUAUAUAAAGACAAACUAUAUGAAAACUUUUUAAUUUAAAUCGAAAGCGUUUUUAGCACUGGGUAGUGGACAGACAGUGUUAUUCUGAAGCUGUAGCUCACUGUAAACAUAAAUGCUUAAAAUGAUUAAAUCGAUUACAUAAUAGACAUGCAAAAUCUAUUUGUCAGAGUAUGGUAGUUUUGUCAGAUAUUUGUUCGAUGUUUACUUAAGAUACAAAUUGGGCAUGUGAACAUAAGUUUGGCACAAAUGGAUAUUUAGAAAUGAAAGUCGAGAUAAGAAUUGUACAUUUACAGUCAGGUCCAUCAUUUUAUGAGACAAUUAAAUGACAAAACUGAAACAGAACUAACUAUAUGUCUGCUAUAUGAUUAAACAAAAAAACAUGCUGAUAUUCUGCUGAGAUCACAAAACCCAGAUUUUAUAAAUAAUUUCUCUGGAUUUUGCUCACUUUCUUUUGUACAUUGUAGGUUAAAAUGUCAAAGGCUGUUUUCUGAACUGUAGAAAUUGCAGACAAAAUAAAAUUUGAACCUUUUCCACUGUUUUUGUUAUUAUUAUAUUUAAAAUAAUGUGUUUGUGCAUACAUUCUGUACACCAAUAUAACCUAUGAUAUUUAUAACAAACAAUUCUUCUGAAUAGUGUUCAACAAACUGAAAAAUAUCCCUGUCAGCUAGUAAAUAAGUAUUGAUUUCAGCAUUGUUGGCUCACUGUCAUUAUUCUGUUGUUUUGUAUAACAUUUAUUAUCAAGAAAUUGUGUUUGACCUGUUAGUAUCAUAAUGAUAGCAGGAUUUCAGUGUUCAUAUUUAUUUAUGUUUUAUCCAAAGUAGUCACUUUGUAAUACAGUUACUCACUACAAAAGGAUUGUUGUUUCAAUUCUUGUACUUACCCUGGACUGUGGCCUUCAGGUGGAAAUUGAUAGUGUAACCCUGGCAUAUAAAAAUUAAAAAGUAUUUUGCCCAACAACUUUUUUUUAGUUAGUAAACUUGAAUCAAUUUAAUUGGACAGAAACCAAAAUUUUGCUGAGGACUUUUUGCCACUAAGUCCCCCUGAGGCAACUCCUUUGAUAGAGCAAAGAUCUGUCUUCUUUGAAUGCUGAGGUUGCUCUCUCUUUACUUUCUUUAAAAUUUCUUAAAAAUAUUAAUAUUUGUGUCUUGGAUUUUGUUAUUGUGUUAUAAGUGAAUGAAUGUUAUAAGUUUAAUAAAUAGUCAAUCAUAAAUAAUCAAAAAAUAAAGAAAUGUCAUUUCAAUCA